CUGAAGCAACAAGAGAGCAAUUUUUUCAUAGUGUUGUAGAUGCACCGUAAAAAAAAAAAAAGGAGAGAGAGAGGGUUUUUUUUUGUUUUUUUUUUAAUACCCAACCCGGCCUUGAAAUUUACCCUCCAGAGGUGCCGCGGGCACCACCCCCGUGGGAGGCAGCCAGCCUGGGAUGCGACCGUGACGGGGAAUGAGCAGUGAGAACCAUGGGCUCGCGGAUAAAGGAAAAUCCCCAGAAGACAUUUGAUUUGUUCUUCGAGGCAGCCUGCCCCACGUCUGCAGAUGACGACCCCCAGGUGCUGAGGCAGUUCCCGGAGGAGUUCGAUGACCAGGAAUCCAUCCAGAUGCUGCCCAAAUUCUGCUUCCCCUUCGACAUAGAGAGGGUAAAGGAGAGCUCUGUGGUGCAGAACUUCACCUUCGCCCUUACCGAUCUGGAGGGGAACCAGCGCUUCGGGUUCUGCCGCCUGGCCGGGGGCUUCCGGACCUGCCUCUGCAUCCUCAGUUACCUGCCGUGGUUUGAAGUUUUCUACAAGAUCCUCAACAACAUUGCCGACCACUUAGCCAAGGAGCAGCUGAAUGAACUGACCGAGCUCCUCUCCGCCCUCUAUUGCCACCCGGUGCCCCAGAUGAACAGCCCCGUCAACCUCGAAUUUGACCAGAAGUUGAACAAACUGAGAAUAAGCACCGGCAGCUUUCUGAAUGGCCAACACAGAGACCGGAGCCGGGAGCCGGCGGGCGGGACCGAGUCGCCCUCCUACUUCAUUGCCCCGGACCUCGGCAGCCUGCCUACCAUCCCGGAGAGCCGGAACCUGACGGAGUUCGUGGUGGCCGUGGAUGUGCCCAACAUGCUGCAGCUGUACGGGAGCAUGCUGUACGAGCGGCGCAUCCUGCUCACCUCCAGCAAGCUCAGCACGCUCACAGCCUGCGUCCAGGCCUCCUCCGCCAUGCUCUACCCCAUGUACUGGCAGCACAUCUACAUCCCCACGCUGCCCCCACACCUGCUCGACUACUGCUGCGCCCCUAUGCCCUACCUCAUCGGUGUCCACUCCAGCCUCAUGGAGAGGGUGCGGGGCAAGGCCUUGGAGGACGUGGUGAUCCUCAACAUCGACACCAACACGCUGGAGUCGCCCUUCCAGGACCUGGAGAAUCUCCCGAGCGACGUGGUGUCUCUGCUGAAGCUCCAGCUGAAGAAGCAGUCGGCCACCACUGGCGACGGGGUGGCCCGAGCCUUCCUCCGAGCCCAGGCGCUGCUCUUCGGCGGCUACCGCGACGCGCUGCUUUGCACCCCGGGCCAGCCCAUCUCUUUCUGCCAAGAGUCCUUCCUCAACCAUAAGUCGAGCACCAUGCGGGAGUUCCUGCUCAAUGCCGUGCACCUGCAGCUCUUCAAACAGUUCAUCGACGAGCGCCUGGAGAAGCUGAAUGCCGGUGUGGGCUUUUCGGAUGUGUUUGAGCAGGAAAUCACCAACAGCGGGUUGGCGGCGGGUAACCUGAGGUCGUACCAGCUGUGGGUGGAGAGCCUCAAGAAAGGUGGAGGGGCCCUGAUCCACACUAUGAAGAACAAGACGAACCCAGCCGUCAGGAACAUGUACAAAUACGCCAAGAGCCACGCCCGAGACAGGCUGAAGGAGAUGCGAAGUCGCUUGAGGUACAGGGACUUGGGCCAGGCUUCAUCCCUGCAGCGAGGCGGCUCCCUGAAGUGUGACCAGCUCUCAGGCCCCAUCCUGCCCCGGAGCACCCAGUCCGAGUGCCUGCAAAGCCGGCUGCCCAUCACCCAGCACUUUGGGAAGUCCCGACCCCUGCGACCCAAUAAACGCUGCAGCGGGAUGGAGCUGGAGGCCCAGAGGGCUGCCCCGGCAGAAGGCCAUGAGGUUCCCCUGGGCUCUGAUGCCAUCCCUGAUGGGGGGGAGCUGGACAAGAGCUUCCUGGAGACGGGCGAGAUCGACCUGCUGGGCGAGAUCUUCGAGACGCUGAGCCUGGCGGCGCCCAGUGGACGGGGGCUGCUCUACGGGACCCGCAGCCUGGACUUCUGCAACAUGGAGGAGGGCGGCUGCUACACCAGGCUGAGGCACACGAACCCCAGUGAGGAGAACCUGAGCAGGCGCCAGGCCCAGGACCACGAGUGCUGGCUGCUGGCCGAGGAGGACGACUCGUCCCUGGAGUUCGCCCCCCCCUCUUCAGAGGAGGCCUCCCUGGCCGAGGAGGAGGCUGGGGACUCCCAGCAUGCUUUGCUGCUGCCCGCCAAGGCCACGCGCCCGGCGAGCGGGAUGUGGGACCGCGGGAUCAAUGAGGAUGAGGAGGGCCCUCCCCAGCCAGCUGAGGGGGUAGCAACUCUCAGGGUGCCCUGGCACAAGCCCUUCCAGCUCGGGGAGGAGGAGCUGGGGGGCAGGGCAGCCGGGGGGCAGGGAGGGGCUGGGGCAGAGCUGACACCAACCACUGGCUCUCUGGGGCCGCCUGAAGAAGAGGGCACAGGAGGCCACCCUGAAGCAGCCACUACAGGGCCAGAGUCUGGGCAGGGGGUGUGCAGGGCAGAGCCCCGCCCGGAACAGGAUAGCCCCACCCCUGAGGUAGAGCCCCGCCCUAACCAGGAUAGCCCCGCCCCUGAGGUAGAGCCCCGCCCUGAACAGGAUAGCCCCGCCCCUGAGGUAGAGCCCUGCCUCAAACAGGAUAGCCCCGCCCCUGACGUAGAGCCACACCUCCCACCCGAUAGCCCCUCCUCCCCUAGGGUCCAGUCAGCUGUGGCUCUGUUCCAGGCCAAAGUCUGCAGACAAACUGACUUCAGGGGCGGGGUCCCCCGGCUGGGGGCAGGGGCCACCCUGCCCAGCUCAUCCUGGCCAGAGCUGGAAGAAGCCUCCCAGCCCCCGGCCCUGCCCAAGGUAUCGGAGCUGAAGAAGAGGUUUGAGUCCUAAAAGGCUGGCGGCAUGGAGGGAGCUGCACCAGGGGGCCCGUGCUGAGCUACGGACAUUGCUGCACCAGGGGGCCCCCCGCUCAGCUGCACCAGGGCUCCCCAGGGGCCCGGGGGGGGGGUGGAGAGCUGCACCAGGGGACCCCUAGGCUGCGCUAUGGGCAGAGCUGCGCCAGGGCACCCAAAAGCUACACUGCCCCGCUUGGCUCAGGACAAUGGGGAGACGCUGCCCUGGCUCCAGCCUGCUCCACAAAGCCCGCGGGGGGGCUCUGAAUAAAUGCUUAUGGUGGAACCGCCAGGUGGUUGCUGUUCAAUCGGCCGUCCCACAGUGGGGCUCCGCGCU